AAACAAAGGAGAAUAGAAAAGCUUAGAUAUUUGAAUGUUUUUCAUCAUUUUCAUCCUCCGUUAUUUGAAUUUUAUAUAUUCUAUUAUUGUUGCUGUUUACCGAUUUGAAUUUCUCUCACUGUUUCUAAUUGUCAAAAUCAAUAGGAAAAUUGACUUGCUACAAUCAUCAUUUUCUUUAUUGUUGUUGCCUUUUUCUUCAAGCCUAUUUAGAACUUGUUAUUAUAAUUGGUUGCAAAUGCAAUCUGGGGAAUGCUGUGUUGUGGCUCCUCACUUUUCCCCUAGUAAGCUCUCCACAUUUGAGGAUGAUGAUAUGCAAGAGAUAAAUGUACUUACUAAAGAAACCAAAAAAACACCUUCCAUUAUAGUAUCGAAAGGUUAUAGCACAACCAAAGGCUCUAGAGUUCACAAUUCAUGUGGUGUAGCAGACAACUUCAUAAUAAUGACAGCACUCAGGAGCAAGAUCCUCACCUUGAGAGACUUGCUUGAUCUAUCACCUUGUUUGGGUUCUGCAUCUGUAAAUGAGCUGCUGAUAUUGACCCUAAAGGAUCUCCAUAAAUUGUAUCCUUCCAUCAACCCAAAUGUUCCAUUGUCAAAUAUUGAUGGAGCAGGAAUGGAUCAGGCACUGGAAUGCUUUUGUGAUACUCUGAAAUCAAUCGGGGAAAUGUGGACAGGUGAUGAUAAAUUCAUGGCGGAAUUUAAUGAGGACUCACACAGUAAACUCCACGACGAUCUAAAGCGUUAUGGAUUGGUAUUGCUUGAUGAGAUGAUUAAGCUAGCCACUGAAAGGGUGUUCGAUAUGAUGGACGUGGAUGACCAGACGAGAGAUGAAAGUCCUUCAUCCGAUACCUUUGGGAGGCCUCUGUCAGAGUCUUACUCGAGCAACGAGUCCUCUCCCUCAAGCCCUCCACCUACCCCAACUUCUGUUCUCUCUGAGAUAGUAAUCAAUGGUUCACAGAAGAGUGAACUCAAGGUUCAAGCAAUUGAGAAGCUGAAUCCUAUCGAUGUAAAACGCCUCUAUUUCCACUUGCUGCCUCAUGCAAUAGAGCAAGAUCAAGGUUGUGUUGUUCAACUAGCAACUAACUUUAGUGAACAAAUAUCAGAAAUACAAGCAGGGGAUGAUUGUGAAUUUGGCCAAGAUUGUGACAUGACGGACUCUCCAAAUAUUCUACUGACUGUUAUGGACAAUGUAUCAGAAAAUAGAGGAACAUGUUGCACUGGUGCUUCAAAUAAUCAACCAGUGUCAAGUCCUGUUUCAUUGGACGUGCGUUUACCUCCAUCUACGCUUCCUAAGUUGAGAUCAUAUGUAGCAGAACAGGCAGCAGCUCCACUAUCACCAUUUGCAUUAUCUCCAAAUGUCAUAGAAUCACCACCAAUGACAUCAAGAAACAAAGUAACACCUCCACCUCCGUCUCCGCCUCCACCCCCACCACGUCCCAUGGCGGUGCCUCCACCGCCACCUAAGACAAUAGGAAAUGUAACAACAGUUCCACCACCACCUCCCAUGACAUCCGGAAAUGUAAUAUCACCUCCACCUCCACCACCACUUCCCAUCAGAUCAAAGGGUAUCACACCUCUACUACCACCUAAGACAACAGGAAGUGUAAUAUCACCUCCACCUCCACCACCACCUCCCAUCGGAUCAAAGGGUAUGACACCUCCACCCCCACCUCCACCAAUGGCUUCUAAUGGAGCAGUGCCAGCGCCACCUCCACCCAUGCCAAUGGGAAAGGGACCUGCACCUCCACCACCACUAGGAUUUAUGGGUGUCUUACGAGUUAAGAGAGCAGCCACUAAAUUGAAAAGAUCAUCCCAAAUGGGUAAUCUUUAUCGACUUCUCAAGAGCCAAGUUGAAGGCUCUAGUUUAGAUAGUAAAUCACAGAAGAGAACAGGGAAAGUUUGUGCUUCAGCAGGAGGUAAACAGGGAAUGGCUGAUGCAUUAGCAGAAAUGACAAAGAGGUCAGCAUAUUUCCACCAAAUUGAAGAGGAUGUUGUAAAUCAUGCAAAAACAAUCAAGGAGAUAAAAACGGCCAUUGCUUCUUUUCAAACAUCAAAUAUGUCCGAGCUCGUUAAGUUCCACAAAUAUAUAGAAUCUCACCUUGAGAAAUUAACCGAUGAAUGUCAGGUGCUAGCAAGAUUUGAAGAUUUUCCUACCAAAAAGUUGGAAGAACUUCGGAUGGCAGCAGCAUUAUAUUCCAAGUUAGACUCAAUAGACACUACUCUAAAGAAUUGGCCAAUAGUCUCACCUGUUGGCGAACUCCUUGACAAAGCUGAGAGUUACUUUAACAAGAUCAAAGGAGAAAUUGAAACACUGGAUCGAACAAAAGAUGAAGAGUCCAAGAAAUUUACAAGCCAUAACAUUCAUUUUGAUUUUGGCAUUAUCGUGCGUAUCAAGGAAUUAAUGGUAGAUGUUUCCUCAAACUGCAUGGAACUUGUCUUGAAGGAGAGGAGAGAAGCAAAGACAAAAAAUGAUGGGCACAAAAAGCUAGGAUCGAGUAAACUACUAUGGAAGGCCUUCCAAUUUGCAUUCAGAGUCUAUACUUUUGCUGGUGGGCAAGAUGACCGCGCUGACAAGUUGACAAGGGAAUUGGCUCAAGAAAUCCAAACAAAUCCUAAUCAAUAGACAUAUAGUUGUACCUAGAGGUAGAUGGAGCUUUUGAAACAAAGGGUUCAACUGAACGGCCGGUAUUUUCUUCGACACAGAACAUAGAAAUUCAACAAAUAUUAAAAUCCGAAUCCAUAACUUUAAAAGUACAACAUGUUCAGUGUUAAAAACAUUCAAUUUUGAAGCCGUCAAGUUUAAAUCCUCGA